GUGCAGAUAUAAUGACUUUCACGAACGUGCUAAGUUCAUUUGGAAGUAGUAAGAGUUAAGAGUUGGUGUGUGAUUCAGUGUGUCUGGACGAUAGUUAUGUGUUGAUAGAAAUUUCAAGGCUAGUGCUAACAUUCUUUGGAAGAAAAACACAACCGAGUUCCUCUAAGGUGAAUGUGUAAGCUACGGUGGAAAAAAUCUGAUGUUCUUAUAGUUCUUCACAUGCGUGUAGUUAAGAGGCCACUGAAACGACGUUAACUUUAUGUUCUUUUUGCAGUUCGUCGCAAGGAGCUAGCACCUUAAGUGCCAGAUUAAUAUAAACUGUAAAAAUGUCCCGCUGGGUGAGGUGUUUCGUUUGGGCGAAUCUGCUAGCUGUAUAUUUUGUUUUCGCCUCUUCGAUGGAAACCUCCGAACUUUUAGGCAAAUGUGAGCCCAUUCGGAUUGAACGUUGCAAAGGUCUGGGUUACAACAUAACAGGAAUGCCGAAUUUAGUGGGUAAUGAAAUACAACAAGAAGCAGAAAUGCAGCUACAAACAUUUUCCCCUCUCAUUCAGUACAACUGUUCAUCUCAAUUAACGUUCUUCUUGUGUUCUGUCUACGUACCAAUGUGUACUGACAAAGUACCUCAACCAAUAGGUCCUUGCCGGCCAUUAUGUGAAAGUGUAAAGUCUCGCUGUCUUCGUGUGUUAGAAAAUUUUGGAUUCCACUGGCCAGUCGCUCUUAAUUGUUCCAAGUUUCCUCCCGAAAACAACCAAAAACACAUGUGCAUGGAUGGACCAGAACCGAAGGAAUAUGAAAAGAAUGGUUACUCCUAUAGGAAUAGUCGUCCGAAUGAAAGGGUCACAAAUAUUCCAGUUCGGACGAAACCAUCGACGUCACCUAACAUGCAGCGUCGUGGGAUAUGUGAAAAAUACAAACUCUCUAAUUUUUUCUAUUUUAUAAACCGAACUCGCCGCUGUGCACACAAAUGUUCUGCUGAUAUUCUGUUUAGCACCGACAACAAAAAGUUUGCCGAGAACUGGGUGGCAGUAUGGGCAAGUGGGUGCUUCGCCUCUACUUUAUUCACUGUGCUGACUUUCCUCGCCGACACCAACAAAUCUCGUUACCCAGAGAGAGCCAUUUUAUUCUUAAGCGCUAGCUAUAAUGUCUAUAGCAUCGCUUACUUCAUACGGUUAAUAGCUGGACGUUUGGAAGUCUCGUGUCACGAGGACAGUCAACAUGGUGUGUCCAUCCUCAUUCAAGAAGGUCUGGACAACAUAAACUGUACCAUCGUUUUCACCUUGUUGUACUUCUCCAGUAUGGCUAGUGCAGUCUGGUGGUUAGUUCUGACCUUUACAUGGUUUCUGGCUGCAGGAUUGCGAUGGAGCCAUGAAGCCAUUAUGCGACGAUGUACAUAUUUUCACCUGGCUGCUUGGGCCUUACCAUCUUUCAAGACUAUCGCCAUCUUGGUAAUGCGCAUAGUAGAUGCCGACGAACUAACUGGCACAUGCUAUGUAGGCAACCAGAGUGAAAAAACUUUGAUGGGAUUUGUAAUCGCCCCAACCCUCACUUACUUGUUGUUGGGAGCUUUGUUUCUGAUAGCUGGACUGGCCGCCAUGUUUUGUUCCAGAGGUCAACAGGAGCCGCCACCGACAAAUCCGAACAAAAAUGAAAAACUGGAAGUGCUGAUGGUUCGGGUAGGGAUAUUUGCUCUUUUGUACACAGUUCCAGCAACAUGCGUCCUUGCAGCUAAUUUUUACGAAUAUGCCUAUAGAGAUCAGUGGAUGUCAUCAGAGUCCAUAUUACGACCAAACGUAGAAAUUUUCACUCUAAAAAUCUUCAUGUCUCUAGUAGUGGGUAUUACUACAGGUCUAUGGAUCUGGUCCAGCAAGAUGCCUCAAAAUAUUUGGAUGAAGGCAUGGAGAAGAUUUAGGUCCGGACAUAGAAAACAGCCCUUACCCCCGUAUUCGUUUGUCACUGGUCAGCAGAAGCAAUUGAUCGAGUUUGAGUUAGCUAUAGAAAAACCUAAAAGAACAAGAAGGAAAAAAGAAAGGGGAACGCCAGUUUGACACCUGGAAAUUCUGUGAGGUGUACUUCUAAAUUUGCAUGGCAUUUAGAUAAUGUAAAUAUGUGCAUUUUAAAACUUGUAAAUAAGAUAUAAAGUUUAAAAUAUUUUCUUAACUUCAGUUUUUUUUUUAAGCUUAAAUGGUUUCUUGAAAUGUAAAUAUAAUGAACCCUAUAUGUACAGUUGUAAAGUUAGUGUUAAAGUGUGCCAUUCUUAUGUAUUUUAAGGAUAAUGAGUAAUGAUGUUCCUAUGAAUCUUAACCGUGGAAAAAAUAUAUAUAUUGAAUAUUUUAAACUUGAUGUCUUGUGUACUGUUUAAUACACGCUUACUGAGACUGGUACAUUUUCCCACUUUUUAAAGUUGAAUUUCACAUACUACAAAUACAGCAAAUAAUGGAGCUGAAAGUAAUACACAAAUUUUCAUUGUUAGUAGUUAAUGAUUAAUUAAAAUAAAUACUCGAAAACAUCUAAUGGAUAUCGCUAAUAAAUAUAAUAUUUAUAAGAAA